CGGAGGAUUACUCUGCCGGAAGACCACGGAGGGGGAAAGAAACGACACACACAGACAAGAGGAAGCAAGGAAUGGCAAUGGUUGGGAGUAUUUCGGUUCUGAGUCUGUCUUUGGUGCUGCUUAUCCAGUUUUUCACGGCAUCAAGUGCUGCAGUGGGUGAACUUGCUGAGUUUUCUCUCCCGAAUUUGGUGUCUAUAUCGUCGAUCGAAGAGCUAUCGAGCCGGUGGAUAAGGUCGGGGGAUACCGAGUACGACGAAGGUCGUAUAGUGCUCACUCCGAAGCCAAAGCACAUUGUUUCGAAGGACGAAACAGGGGUGCAGCUAGGGUCGAUCUGGUCGGCGCAUUCUCCGGCGUCACAGUUGGAUGCGUUCACAAUCGAGUUGACGAUCCGCUCGCUGGGCAGCUUCGGGUUGACGAAUGCAGGACUGUCCCUAUUUCUUGUUGAUAAAGGCUCUGCCAGUCUGGGACAGUCGAACUUCGGCGGGCCGGUCGUCUACAAGGGUCUUCAGUUGCUAGUCAACAUGGACGAAAAGCUCGGCCCGGUAUUGAGGGUCUACUUGAAUGAUGGCAAGAGCAUCAAUCUUGCCACGGACUACCUUGGGGCAUACAGAUACGAGUUCCAGGGCUCCCAUGUUCCGUUGACGAUGAAGGUGGCGUAUGAAAACAAGUUUUUGAAGGUUACGUGCGAUAACAAGCUGCUAUUUCAAACAGAUAAGGUGAACCUCUCCAGUUUGUUGAGUGGCGAUCUCAAGCUAGGAAUCGCCGCGUCGUCGCCGAAGAACUUGAAGUUUCACGAACAGUUUGAGAUUCUGAAGCUCACCAGUUACGAUUCGGCAACUGCAGAUAUGAAGGACGACAACGACGAGACCUUGGUGGCCAAGCACGCAGACUCAUUGGACAGCAGAGAUGGAACUGGCGCAGCCAAGUUCCUCCAACAACAGCAAAAACUGAGGGAAAAACUGGCUACAUCCAAGUCUGGAGUUGACCCCGGAUCCUCUUUUUCAUCUCCUUCCUCCGAAUCGUCCUCCACAAAUGAAGAGCUUGAGUAUGUCAAAACGAGGCUUGAGUCUAUCAUAAAUUUGGUUCAGAAAAACGGACAGGCAAGGUUGCUGGAGGAGUUUUCUCAGCUUUCUAACACCAUAGAAAAAAUGUCACAAAGCCUCGCUUUACUGCAAGAUCAAUUCGGGACCUUAAACAACAAAUACAACGAGCUUUCCAACAUGUUUAAGAAGCAGUCCGAUCUGCUCGACAACUACGACACAACCCUGCGCUCGUUUGACAAGGUCAUGCAGAACCAGCUUAAGAGCUCAGAUAGCUUGGACAGCAAACUGUCCACGUUGUCCUCCUACUAUUCGAGUUCCAUGAGAGAUAACUCGACUCCGGAUUAUAGUGGCGCAGACUCUAUCAGCAAGCUCAAAUCGCUAAUCUACAUGAUUUUUUUGCCCUUGUUAGCAUUGGUUGCUCUCGUUGCGUUAUGGAUUCACAGACUCAGAAACGAUAUCAAACAUUCGAAAGUUUUAUAGACAAUAAAUGAAAAUAACGAUCACAGCUUAUUUUUGUACUGGAAAGUAUAAUUAUAGUAAUACAUAUAGAAAUUAGUAAACUGGCUAGACUUACAAAAACGAAGGCUUGCAGCUUCUGAUGUUGGAAAACCCCAAAG